AUGUCUCAAGAAAUUCACUUCAUCAAUUUGUCCCACCCUGCAGAGCCGGUCUCGGCCGAGUCCCGAAGGGGAGCCCAUGCCCACGCCGCACGAACAGCACAUGCUAGACGUGAUCGCUUUCGUAUCAUGAAAUAUCCUGUCGAGGCCAAAGACCAAAAAGUGAAAAAUAGGAAGGGGUCUACGAAGAAAAUUCAUAAGCCGACUAAGGGCACAUCGGUGGGCUCAAACCUAGCCCAAGAUGCGUCGUCUCUGCCGAUCUUGAAAACGCUUCUAUCAUCAAGUCGACGAGAUCCGUUUGACAGCAUGGCUAAAUCCUUCACUGAGUUUCAAUACUUCCUAUUCGAUCAUUGUUAG